ACCGUGCCAAGGGUAGAGCCGCGGCCUCGGCCGGUCAGCUCCCCCUCCGCCGCUUCGGGGCCUGCGGGGUUCUGGCCUCGCGUCUCGGAACCCUUCGGAGGGGGAGGCCGGAGGAGGCCGCGGCAGCUCCGGGAACUCCGCCGGCCGAGCCGCCCCCGCGCCUCUCGCUCCUUCUUUUCUUUCUCUUCCCCCCGACAACUGAAAACAAAACCCAGAACACCGGGGGAGCUUCCGUAUCCUAAACCUUAGGAAGUUCCCAGCGUUGCUCGGGGUCUGCGGCCCGCUAACGGCCCCGCAGAAUAGGUGCUGCCCCGAGAUGGACGCGCCGCCCGCGAAGCUUGAGGUUCCGAGAGGCGAACCUCUUCCGCAGCCGCCUAAGUGACCGAGCCGGGACGCGAACCCCGUGACCACCCUUGUGCCGCCUCCCACCUGCCCCAGCAGAGGUGUAUGUGGACGUGAAUGUAGGGCCCCGAAGUGUGACGGGCAGUUCAAGAACCUCAUGUGUCAGUAAUUAACACUGUGGACACCUCCCAUGAGGAUAUGAUUCACGAUGCCCAGAUGGACUACUAUGGCACCCGCCUGGCAACCUGCUCCUCAGACAGGUCCGUCAAAAUCUUCGAUGUGCGAAAUGGAGGACAGAUCCUCAUUGCCGACCUCAGAGGUCACGAGGGUCCUGUGUGGCAAGUGGCCUGGGCCCACCCCAUGUAUGGCAACAUCCUGGCAUCCUGCUCCUAUGACCGGAAGGUCAUUAUCUGGAAGGAGGAAAAUGGCACCUGGGAGAAGACACACGAGCACACAGGACAUGACUCCUCAGUAAACUCUGUGUGCUGGGCCCCCCAUGACUACGGCCUAAUACUGGCCUGUGGGAGCUCAGAUGGGGCCAUCUCCCUGCUGACAUACACCGGAGAGGGCCAGUGGGAAGUAAAGAAGAUCAACAAUGCUCAUACUAUUGGCUGCAACGCCGUCAGUUGGGCCCCUGCUGUUGUACCUGGAAGCCUUAUAGACCAGCCAUCGGGACAGAAGCCCAACUACAUCAAGAAGUUUGCUUCGGGUGGCUGUGACAACCUCAUCAAACUGUGGAAGGAGGAGGAGGAUGGCCAGUGGAAGGAGGAACAGAAACUAGAAGCGCACAGUGACUGGGUUCGAGAUGUGGCCUGGGCCCCCUCCAUUGGCUUGCCUACCAGCACCAUCGCCAGUUGCUCCCAGGACGGUCGUGUGUUCAUCUGGACUUGUGAUGACACCUCAGGCAAUACAUGGUCACCCAAACUGUUGCACAAGUUCAAUGAUGUUGUGUGGCAUGUGAGCUGGUCUAUCACAGCCAACAUCCUGGCUGUCUCGGGCGGAGACAAUAAGGUGACCCUGUGGAAGGAGUCUGUUGACGGACAGUGGGUGUGCAUCAGUGAUGUCAACAAGGGCCAGGGAUCCGUGUCUGCUUCUGUCACAGAGGGCCAGCAGAACGAGCAGUGACCAGACAGGCAAGCCCAGCUCCUCACCUGCUGACUCCAGGACUGCCCUUUCCUAGACCAACUGACUAAAUAGCUGGGAGGAACAGCUCCAACACGAUUACUUUCCCAGGAGUAGUUACAAAUGCAGCCAGAUUGAUCAUCUGCCUUAACAUGAUUUGAUAUGGUUUGUAAUUUACUGUCCUGCUGAAAGCAUUCAUGUUAUGAGGAAAAAACUACAAAUGAUCUUCAGAUCUAUUAUUUUAAAAUAUUUUUGGCCAUUUUUAUGUACCUUUUGGGUUCAGGCAUUAUUUGGGAGGGGGUUUUGUUUCCAAAAUAGUUAAAUAAAUUCAUAUUGCUUAUAA